UAAACAGGUGCGGAGGUGUAAACUUUUAUGCUUUACACGCUCUGUUUACCUGCCCAACACGAGGCGAAUUUUACGAAGACUGAAUCUCUUCGUCAAAGUCUCGUUGUGUCCAAAUCAGGUGGAGAUUAGUGUAUUCAGGUGUGAUGGAACUGCAGCGACCGAGUGUGGGUAGAUUUGGGAAAAUUUGCAUUUGUAGAGUUGAUAUUAUGAAAGGAACGGAAAGUGUGGAUCACAGUGCGGCCAAGGUGCUCGUAGAAACAACCCGACUGCACUCACGUCCCAUCCGCUGCUCUGCUCCUAGAAACGCAGUAGCAGCAGCAGCAGCAUGGCAGGGAUACGCUUCCUGCCCCUGCUGGCGGCCCUGCUUCUGCUGCCAUUACCAGAGACUGAUUCCACUGCGCACAAGUGGAGUGACAUCCCUUUUAGUUUCCCUGGAGACACACAUCUAUCAUACUUAUCGGAAGAAAAACAAGGAAAAGAAAAAGGAGAAGAAGAACGCACGUGGUUUGUUUCCCCUAAUAAAACCAAAAGUAUUAUGGAGCAAGAAAUGCUUCUCGCUGCUUAUGAGAAUGAAAUCCAACAAUUGAAAACCUUGCAGAAUCUCCUAAACUCCUUUACAGCUCAAGAAAAAACCACAGGCAAGUGGCAAGAGCUCUUUGACAUCUCCUCCGCUCUAACAGUAAAUCUUUACAAUCUCAACAAGAAACUUACUAAAGUCGUGGAAGGAAUUAAUGAUGCAUCAAGAAGUUGUAUUCAAGGUGAUACAGACAUCGUCAAAUUAGAGGUUAAUUAUGCAGAAGACUUAGGCCGUGGAUUAGAACCAGGUCUGUAUUUGGACAUAAAAACAGAGACAAGAACAAUGGAUGGUUGUACCUGGCAAAAGGAAUUCUUAAGAAUGCUACCUGCGGAAAGAGCAUUAGAACAAACCACAAGAGACCCCUGUGUUACCAUCACGACUUGCAUAACGACACCAAAACCAAUAAGCACCAUAUCCACAACAUCAGCUACACUAGCAUCAAAAACGACCACAUCACAAAAAUCUCAGCAGACAUCGUCAUCACAGGAAACCUCAGUAACAACCGUCUCGGGACAAACUCAAUCAACACAUCCCACAAAAGUAUCUGAAACAACUGUUUCAAGGGAAUCUACACAGACAGAAACAUCCACAAGGAUCACUGGCACAACCGUUUCACGAGAAUCUGAGGAAACACAAUCAUCCACAAAAGAAAGUCAAUCAACAGUUUCAGAAAAAUCUCAGCCAACAAUAUCAUCCACAAAGGUCACUCCAACAACUGUUUCAAGUGAGGAAACUCAGACAUCAUCUGAAGUGUCUCAAUCCACUGUUUCAGAAGAAUCUCAGUCAACAGAAUCAUCUACAAAGGUUACAGGCACAACUGUUUCACGAGGAUCUGAAGUAACAGAGUCAUCCACCAAAGUGACUGAAUCCACUGUUUCAGAAGAAACUCAGUCAACAGAAUCAUCUACAAAGGUCACUGGCACAACAGUAUCACAAGGAACACAGGAAACAGAGUUAUCCACUGAAGUCUCUAAGACCACUGUUUCUGAAGAAUCUCAGUCAACAGAAUCAUCUACAAAGGGAACGGGCACAACUGUUUCACAAGAAACACAAGAAACAGAGUUCUCUACCGAAGUUUCCAAGACAACAGUUUCAGAAGAAACUCAGUCAACAGAAUCAUCUACAGAGGUUACUGGAACAACUGUUUCACGAGCAUCUGAAGUAACGGAGUCGUCAACAAAAGUAACUGAAUCCACUGUUUCAGAAGAAACUCAGUCAACAGAAUCAUCUACAAAGCUCACUGGCACAACGGAAUCAAAGGGAACUCAGGAAACAGAAUUAUCCACUGAAGUGUCUAAGACCACUGUUUCUGAAGAAUCUCAGUCAACAGAAUCAUCCACAAAGGUCACGGGUACAACUGUUUCACAAGUGACUGAAGAAACAGAGUCAUCAACUGAAGUGUCUAAGACCACUGUUUCAGAAGAAACUCAGCCAACAGAAUCAUCUACAAAGGUUACUGGAACAACUGUUUCACGAGGAUCUGAAGUAACAGAGUCAUCCACCAAAGUGACUGAAUCCACUGUUUCAGAAGAAACUCAGUCAACAGAAUCAUCUACAAAGCUCACUGGCACAACAGAGUCAAAGGGAACUCAAGAAACAGAAUUAUCCACUGAAGUGUCUAAGACCACUGUUUCAGAAGAAACUCAGCCAACAGCAUCAUCUACAAAGGGAACGGGCACAACUGUUUCACAAGAAACUAAAGCAACCGAGUUCUCCACCGAAGUUUCCAAGACAACAGUUUCAGAAGAAACUCAGCCAACAGAAUCAUCUACAGAGGUUACUGGAACAACUGUUUCACGAGGAUCUGAAGUAACGGAGUCAUCCACCAAAGUGACUCAAUCCACUGUUUCAGAAAAAACUCAGUCAACAGAAUCAUCUACAAAGGUCACUGGCACAACAGAAUCACAAGGAACACAAGAAACAGAGUUAUCCACUGAAGUCUCUAAGACCACUGUUUCUGAAGAAUCUCAGUCAACAGAAUCAUCUACAAAGGGAACAGGCACAACUGUUUCACAAGAAACACAAGAAACAGAGUUCUCUACCGAAGUUUCCAAGACAACAGUUUCAGAAGAAACUCAGUCAACAGAAUCAUCUACAGAGGUUACUGGAACAACUGUUUCACGAGCAUCUGAAGUAACGGAGUCGUCAACAAAAGUAACUGAAUCCACUGUUUCAGAAGAAACUCAGUCAACAGAAUCAUCUACAAAGCUCACUGGCACAACGGAAUCAAAGGGAACUCAGGAAACAGAAUUAUCCACUGAAGUGUCUAAGACCACUGUUUCUGAAGAAUCUCAAUCAACAGAAUCAUCCACAAAAGUCACAGGUACAACUGUUUCACAAGUGACUGAAGAAACAGAGUCAUCAACUGAAGUGUCUAAGACCACUGUUUCAGAAAAAACUCAGCCAACAGAAUCAUCUACAAAGGUUACUGGAACAACUGUUUCACGAGGAUCUGAAGUAACAGAGUCAUCCACCAAAGUGACUGAAUCCACUGUUUCAGAAGAAACUCAGUCAACAGAAUCAUCUACAAAGCUCACUGGCACAACAGAGUCAAAGGGAACUCAAGAAACAGAAUUAUCCACUGAAGUGUCUAAGACCACUGUUUCAGAAGAAACUAAGCCAACAGCAUCAUCUACAAAAGGAACGGGCACAACUGUUUCACAAGAAACUAAAGCAACCGAGUUCUCCACCGAAGUUUCCAAGACAACAGUUUCAGAAGAAACUCAGCCAACAGAAUCAUCUACAGAGGUGACUGGAACAACUGUUUCACGAGCAUCUGAAGUAACGGAGUCGUCAACAAAAGUAACUGAAUCCACUGUUUCAGAAAAAACUCAGUCAACAGAAUCAUCUACAAAGGUCACUGGCACAACAGAAUCACAAGGAACACAGGAAACAGAGUUAUCCACUGAAGUCUCUAAGACCACUGUUUCUGAAGAAUCUCAGUCAACAGAAUCAUCUACAAAGGCAACGGGCACAACUGUUUCACAAGAAACACAAGAAACAGAGUUCUCUACCGAAGUUUCCAAGACAACAGUUUCAGAAGAAACUCAGUCAACAGAAUCAUCGACAGAGGUUACUGGAACAACUGUUUCACGAGCAUCUGAAGUAACGGAGUCAUCAACAAAAGUGACUGAAUCCACUGUUUCAGAAGAAACUCAGUCAACAGAAUCAUCUACAAAGCUCACUGGCACAACGGAAUCAAAGGGAACUCAAGAAACAGAAUUAUCCACUGAAGUGUCUAAGACCACUGUUUCAGAAGAAACUCAGCCAACAGCAUCAACUACAAAGGGAACGGGCACAACUGUUUCACAAGAAACUAAAGCAACCGAGUUCUCCACCGAAGUUUCCAAGACAACAGUUUCAGAAGAAACUCAGCCAACAGAAUCAUCUACAGAGGUUACUGGAACAACUGUUUCACGAGGAUCUGAAGUAACGGAGUCAUCCACCAAAGUGACUCAAUCCACUGUUUCAGAAAAAACUCAGUCAACAGAAUCAUCUACAAAGGUCACUGGCACAACAGAAUCACAAGGAACACAAGAAACAGAGUUAUCCACUGAAGUCUCUAAGACCACUGUUUCUGAAGAAUCUCAGUCAACAGAAUCAUCUACAAAGGGAACGGGCACAACUGUUUCACAAGAAACACAAGAAACAGAGUUCUCUACCGAAGUUUCCAAGACAACAGUUUCAGAAGAAACUCAGUCAACAGAAUCAUCUACAGAGGUUACUGGAACAACUGUUUCACGAGCAUCUGAAGUAACGGAGUCGUCAACAAAAGUAACUGAAUCCACUGUUUCAGAAGAAACUCAGUCAACAGAAUCAUCUACAAAGCUCACUGGCACAACGGAAUCAAAGGAAACUCAGGAAACAGAAUUAUCCACUGAAGUGUCUAAGACCACUGUUUCUGAAGAAUCUCAAUCAACAGAAUCAUCCACAAAAGUCACAGGUACAACUGUUUCACAAGUGACUGAAGAAACAGAGUCAUCAACUGAAGUGUCUAAGACCACUGUUUCAGAAAAAACUCAGCCAACAGAAUCAUCUACAAAGGUUACUGGAACAACUGUUUCACGAGGAUCUGAAGUAACAGAGUCAUCCACCAAAGUGACUGAAUCCACUGUUUCAGAAGAAACUCAGUCAACAGAAUCAUCUACAAAGCUCACUGGCACAACAGAGUCAAAGGGAACUCAAGAAACAGAAUUAUCCACUGAAGUGUCUAAGACCACUGUUUCAGAAGAAACUCAGCCAACAGCAUCAUCUACAAAAGGAACGGGCACAACUGUUUCACAAGAAACUAAAUCAACCGAGUUCUCCACCGAAGUUUCCAAGACAACAGUUUCAGAAGAAACUCAGCCAACAGAAUCAUCUACAGAGGUUACUGGAACAACUGUUUCCCGAGGAUCUGAAGUAACGGAGUCAUCCACCAAAGUGACUGAAUCCACUGUUUCAGAAAAAACUCAGUCAACAGAAUCAUCUACAAAGGUCACUGGCACAACAGAAUCACAAGGAACACAGCAAACAGAGUUAUCCACUGAAGUCUCUAAGACCACUGUUUCUGAAGAAUCUCAGUCAACAGAAUCAUCUACAAAGGGAACGGGCACAACUGUUUCACAAGAAACACAAGAAACAGAGUUCUCUACCGAAGUUUCUAAGACAACAGUUUCAGAAGUAACUCAGUCAACAGAAUCAUCUACAGAGGUUACUGGAACAACUGUUUCACGAGGAUCUGAAGUAACGGAGUCAUCAACAAAAGUGACUGAAUCCACUGUUUCAGAAGAAACUCAGUCAACAGAAUCAUCUACAAAGCUCACUGGCACAACAGAGUCAAAGGGAACUCAAGAAACAGAAUUAUCCACUGAAGUGUCUAAGACCACUGUUUCAGAAGAAACUAAGCCAACAGCAUCAUCUACAAAAGGAACGGGCACAACUGUUUCACAAGAAACUAAAGCAACCGAGUUCUCCACCGAAGUUUCCAAGACAACAGUUUCAGAAGAAACUCAGCCAACAGAAUCAUCUACAGAGGUUACUGGAACAACUGUUUCACGAGCAUCUGAAGUAACGGAGUCGUCAACAAAAGUAACUGAAUCCACUGUUUCAGAAAAAACUCAGUCAACAGAAUCAUCUACAAAGGUCACUGGUACAACAGAAUCACAAGGAACACAGGAAACAGAGUUAUCCACUGAAGUCUCUAAGACCACUGUUUCUGAAGAAUCUCAGUCAACAGAAUCAUCUACAAAGGCAACGGGCACAACUGUUUCACAAGAAACACAAGAAACAGAGUUCUCUACCGAAGUUUCCAAGACAACAGUUUCAGAAGAAACUCAGUCAACAGAAUCAUCGACAGAGGUUACUGGAACAACUGUUUCACGAGGAUCUGAAGUAACAGAGUCAUCCACCAAAGUGACUGAAUCCACUGUUUCAGAAGAAACUCAGUCAACAGAAUCAUCUACAAAGCUCACUGGCACAACGGAGUCAAAGGGAACUCAAGAAACAGAAUUAUCAACUGAAGUGUCUAAGACCACUGUUUCAGAAGAAACUCAGCCAACAGCAUCAUCUACAAAAGGAACGGGCACAACUGUUUCACAAGAAACUAAAGCAACCGAGUUCUCCACCGAAGUUUCCAAGACAACAGUUUCAGAAGAAACUCAGCCAACAGAAUCAUCUACAGAGGUUACUGGAACAACUGUUUCCCGAGGAUCUGAAGUAACGGAGUCAUCCACCAAAGUGACUCAAUCCACUGUUUCAGAAAAAACUCAGUCAACAGAAUCAUCUACAAAGGUCACUGGCACAACAGAAUCACAAGGAACACAGGAAACAGAGUUAUCCACUGAAGUCUCUAAGACCACUGUUUCUGAAGAAUCUCAGUCAACAGAAUCAUCUACAAAGGGAACGGGCACAACUGUUUCACAAGAAACACAAGAAACAGAGUCAUCAACUGAAGUGUCUAAGACCACUGUUUCAGAAAAAACUCAGCCAACAGAAUCAUCUACAGAGGUUACUGGAACAACUGUUUCCCGAGGAUCUGAAGUAACGGAGUCAUCCACCAAAGUGACUCAAUCCACUAUUUCAGAAAAAACUCAGUCAACAGAAUCAUCUACGAGUACAAAGGUCACUGGCACAACAGAAUCACAAGGAACACAGGAAACAGAGUUAUCCACUGAAGUCUCUAAGACCACUGUUUCUGAAGAAUCUCAGUCAACAGAAUCAUCUACAAAGGGAACGGGCACAACUGUUUCACAAGAAACACAAGAAACAGAGUUCUCUACCGAAGUUUCUAAGACAACAGUUUCAGAAGAAACUCAGUCAACAGAAUCAUCUACAAAGGUUACUGGAACAACUGUUUCACGAGGAUCUGAAGUAACAGAGUCAUCCACCAAAGUGACUGAAUCCACUGUUUCAGAAGAAACUCAGCCAACAGAAUCAUCUACAAAGCUCACUGGCACAACGGAGUCAAAGGGAACUCAAGAAACAGAAUUAUCCACUGAAGUGUCUAAGACCACUGUUUCAGAAGAAACUCAGCCAACAGCAUCAUCUACAAAGGGAACGGGCACAACUGUUUCACAAGAAACUAAAGCAACCGAGUUCUCCACCGAAGUUUCCAAGACAACAGUGUCAGAAGAAACUCAGCCAACAGAAUCAUCUACAGAGGUUACUGGAACAACUGUUUCACGAGGAUCUGAAGUAACGGAGUCAUCCACCAAAGUGACUCAAUCCACUGUUUCAGAAAAAACUCAGUCAACAGAAUCAUCUACAAAGGUCACUAGCACAACAGAAUCACAAGGAACACAAGAAACAGAGUUAUCCACUGAAGUCUCUAAGACCACUGUUUCUGAAGAAUCUCAGUCAACAGAAUCAUCUACAAAGGGAACGGGCACAACUGUUUCACAAGAAACACAAGAAACAGAGUUCUCUACCGAAGUUUCCAAGACAACAGUUUCAAAAGAAACUCAGUCAACAGAAUCAUCUACAGAGGUUACUGGAACAACUGUUUCACGAGCAUCUGAAGUAACGGAGUCGUCAACAAAAGUAACUGAAUCCACUGUUUCAGAAGAAACUCAGUCAACAGAAUCAUCUACAAAGCUCACUGGCACAACGGAAUCAAAGGGAACUCAGGAAACAGAAUUAUCCACUGAAGUGUCUAAGACCACUGUUUCUGAAGAAUCUCAAUCAACAGAAUCAUCCACAAAAGUCACAGGUACAACUGUUUCACAAGUGACUGAAGAAACAGAGUCAUCAACUGAAGUGUCUAAGACCACUGUUUCAGAAAAAACUCAGCCAACAGAAUCAUCUACAAAGGUUACUGGAACAACUGUUUCACGAGGAUCUGAAGUAACAGAGUCAUCCACCAAAGUGACUGAAUCCACUGUUUCAGAAGAAACUCAGUCAACAGAAUCAUCUACAAAGCUCACUGGCACAACAGAGUCAAAGGGAACUCAAGAAACAGAAUUAUCCACUGAAGUGUCUAAGACCACUGUUUCAGAAGAAACUAAGCCAACAGCAUCAUCUACAAAAGGAACGGGCACAACUGUUUCACAAGAAACUAAAGCAACCGAGUUCUCCACCGAAGUUUCCAAGACAACAGUUUCAGAAGAAACUCAGCCAACAGAAUCAUCUACAGAGGUUACUGGAACAACUGUUUCACGAGCAUCUGAAGUAACGGAGUCGUCAACAAAAGUAACUGAAUCCACUGUUUCAGAAAAAACUCAGUCAACAGAAUCAUCUACAAAGGUCACUGGCACAACAGAAUCACAAGGAACACAGGAAACAGAGUUAUCCACUGAAGUCUCUAAGACCACUGUUUCUGAAGAAUCUCAGUCAACAGAAUCAUCUACAAAGGGAACGGGCACAACUGUUUCACAAGAAACACAAGAAACAGAGUUCUCUACCGAAGUUUCUAAGACAACAGUUUCAGAAGAAACUCAGUCAACAGAAUCAUCUACAAAGGUUACUGGAACAACUGUUUCACGAGGAUCUGAAGUAACAGAGUCAUCCACCAAAGUGACUGAAUCCACUGUUUCAGAAGAAACUCAGUCAACAGAAUCAUCUACAAAGCUCACUGGCACAACGGAGUCAAAGGGAACUCAAGAAACAGAAUUAUCCACUGAAGUGUCUAAGACCACUGUUUCAGAAGAAACUCAGCCAACAGCAUCAUCUACAAAGGGAACGGGCACAACUGUUUCACAAGAAACUAAAGCAACCGAGUUCUCCACCGAAGUUUCCAAGACAACAGUGUCAGAAGAAACUCAGCCAACAGAAUCAUCUACAGAGGUUACUGGAACAACUGUUUCACGAGGAUCUGAAAUAACGGAGUCAUCCACCAAAGUGACUCAAUCCACUGUUUCAGAAAAAACUCAGUCAACAGAAUCAUCUACAAAGGUCACUAGCACAACAGAAUCACAAGGAACACAAGAAACAGAGUUAUCCACUGAAGUCUCUAAGACCACUGUUUCUGAAGAAUCUCAGUCAACAGAAUCAUCUACAAAGGGAACGGGCACAACUGUUUCACAAGAAACACAAGAAACAGAGUUCUCUACCGAAGUUUCCAAGACAACAGUUUCAAAAGAAACUCAGUCAACAGAAUCAUCUACAGAGGUUACUGGAACAACUGUUUCACGAGCAUCUGAAGUAACGGAGUCGUCAACAAAAGUAACUGAAUCCACUGUUUCAGAAGAAACUCAGUCAACAGAAUCAUCUACAAAGCUCACUGGCACAACGGAAUCAAAGGGAACUCAGGAAACAGAAUUAUCCACUGAAGUGUCUAAGACCACUGUUUCUGAAGAAUCUCAAUCAACAGAAUCAUCCACAAAAGUCACAGGUACAACUGUUUCACAAGUGACUGAAGAAACAGAGUCAUCAACUGAAGUGUCUAAGACCACUGUUUCAGAAAAAACUCAGCCAACAGAAUCAUCUACAAAGGUUACUGGAACAACUGUUUCACGAGCAUCUGAAGUAACAGAGUCAUCCACCAAAGUGACUGAAUCCACUGUUUCAGAAGAAACUCAGUCAACAGAAUCAUCUACAAAGCUCACUGGCACAACAGAGUCAAAGGGAACUCAAGAAACAGAAUUAUCAACUGAAGUGUCUAAGACCACUGUUUCAGAAGAAACUAAGCCAACAGCAUCAUCUACAAAAGGAACGGGCACAACUGUUUCACAAGAAACUAAAGCAACCGAGUUCUCCACCGAAGUUUCCAAGACAACAGUUUCAGAAGAAACUCAGCCAACAGAAUCAUCUACAGAGGUUACUGGAACAACUGUUUCACGAGCAUCUGAAGUAACGGAGUCGUCAACAAAAGUAACUGAAUCCACUGUUUCAGAAAAAACUCAGUCAACAGAAUCAUCUACAAAGGUCACUGGCACAACAGAAUCACAAGGAACACAGGAAACAGAGUUAUCCACUGAAGUCUCUAAGACCACUGUUUCUGAAGAAUCUCAGUCAACAGAAUCAUCUACAAAGGCAACGGGCACAACUGUUUCACAAGAAACACAAGAAACAGAGUUCUCUACCGAAGUUUCCAAGACAACAGUUUCAGAAGAAACUCAGUCAACAGAAUCAUCGACAGAGGUUACUGGAACAACUGUUUCACGAGGAUCUGAAGUAACAGAGUCAUCCACCAAAGUGACUGAAUCCACUGUUUCAGAAGAAACUCAGUCAACAGAAUCAUCUACAAAGCUCACUGGCACAACGGAGUCAAAGGGAACUCAAGAAACAGAAUUAUCCACUGAAGUGUCUAAGACCACUGUUUCAGAAGAAACUCAGCCAACAGCAUCAUCUACAAAAGGAACGGGCACAACUGUUUCACAAGAAACUAAAUCAACCGAGUUCUCCACCGAAGUUUCCAAGACAACAGUUUCAGAAGAAACUCAGCCAACAGAAUCAUCUACAGAGGUUACUGGAACAACUGUUUCCCGAGGAUCUGAAGUAACGGAGUCAUCCACCAAAGUGACUGAAUCCACUGUUUCAGAAAAAACUCAGUCAACAGAAUCAUCUACAAAGGUCACUGGCACAACAGAAUCACAAGGAACACAGGAAACAGAGUUAUCCACUGAAGUCUCUAAGACCACUGUUUCUGAAGAAUCUCAGUCAACAGAAUCAUCUACAAAGGGAACGGGCACAACUGUUUCACAAGAAACACAAGAAACAGAGUUCUCUACCGAAGUUUCUAAGACAACAGUUUCAGAAGAAACUCAGUCAACAGAAUCAUCUACAAAGGUUACUGGAACAACUGUUUCACGAGGAUCUGAAGUAACAGAGUCAUCCACCAAAGUGACUGAAUCCACUGUUUCAGAAGAAACUCAGUCAACAGAAUCAUCUACAAAGCUCACUGGCACAACGGAGUCAAAGGGAACUCAAGAAACAGAAUUAUCCACUGAAGUGUCUAAGACCACUGUUUCAGAAGAAACUCAGCCAACAGCAUCAUCUACAAAGGGAACGGGCACAACUGUUUCACAAGAAACUAAAGCAACCGAGUUCUCCACCGAAGUUUCCAAGACAACAGUUUCAGAAGAAACUCAGCCAACAGAAUCAUCUACAGAGGUUACUGGAACAACUGUUUCACGAGGAUCUGAAGUAACGGAGUCAUCCACCAAAGUGACUCAAUCCACUGUUUCAGAAAAAACUCAGUCAACAGAAUCAUCUACAAAGGUCACUAGCACAACAGAAUCACAAGGAACACAAGAAACAGAGUUAUCCACUGAAGUCUCUAAGACCACUGUUUCUGAAGAAUCUCAGUCAACAGAAUCAUCUACAAAGGGAACGGGCACAACUGUUUCACAAGAAACACAAGAAACAGAGUUCUCUACCGAAGUUUCCAAGACAACAGUUUCAAAAGAAACUCAGUCAACAGAAUCAUCUAUAGAGGUUACUGGAACAACUGUUUCACGAGCAUCUGAAGUAACGGAGUCGUCAACAAAAGUAACUGAAUCCACUGUUUCAGAAGAAACUCAGUCAACAGAAUCAUCUACAAAGCUCACUGGCACAACGGAAUCAAAGGGAACUCAGGAAACAGAAUUAUCCACUGAAGUGUCUAAGACCACUGUUUCUGAAGAAUCUCAAUCAACAGAAUCAUCCACAAAAGUCACAGGUACAACUGUUUCACAAGUGACUGAAGAAACAGAGUCAUCAACUGAAGUGUCUAAGACCACUGUUUCAGAAAAAACUCAGCCAACAAAAUCAUCUACAAAGGUUACUGGAACAACUGUUUCACGAGGAUCUGAAGUAACAGAGUCAUCCACCAAAGUGACUGAAUCCACUGUUUCAGAAGAAACUCAGUCAACAGAAUCAUCUACAAAGCUCACUGGCACAACAGAGUCAAAGGGAACUCAAGAAACAGAAUUAUCCACUGAAGUGUCUAAGACCACUGUUUCAGAAGAAACUAAGCCAACAGCAUCAUCUACAAAAGGAACGGGCACAACUGUUUCACAAGAAACUAAAGCAACCGAGUUCUCCACCGAAGUUUCCAAGACAACAGUUUCAGAAGAAACUCAGCCAACAGAAUCAUCUACAGAGGUUACUGGAACAACUGUUUCACGAGCAUCUGAAGUAACGGAGUCGUCAACAAAAGUAACUGAAUCCACUGUUUCAGAAAAAACUCAGUCAACAGAAUCAUCUACAAAGGUCACUGGCACAACAGAAUCACAAGGAACACAGGAAACAGAGUUAUCCACUGAAGUCUCUAAGACCACUGUUUCUGAAGAAUCUCAGUCAACAGAAUCAUCUACAAAGGCAACGGGCACAACUGUUUCACAAGAAACACAAGAAACAGAGUUCUCUACCGAAGUUUCCAAGACAACAGUUUCAGAAGAAACUCAGUCAACAGAAUCAUCGACAGAGGUUACUGGAACAACUGUUUCACGAGGAUCUGAAGUAACAGAGUCAUCCACCAAAGUGACUGAAUCCACUGUUUCAGAAGAAACUCAGUCAACAGAAUCAUCUACAAAGCUCACUGGCACAACGGAGUCAAAGGGAACUCAAGAAACAGAAUUAUCAACUGAAGUGUCUAAGACCACUGUUUCAGAAGAAACUCAGCCAACAGCAUCAACUACAAAAGGAACGGGCACAACUGUUUCACAAGAAACUAAAUCAACCGAGUUCUCCACCGAAGUUUCCAAGACAACAGUUUCAGAAGAAACUCAGCCAACAGAAUCAUCUACAGAGGUUACUGGAACAACUGUUUCCCGAGGAUCUGAAGUAACGGAGUCAUCCACCAAAGUGACUGAAUCCACUGUUUCAGAAAAAACUCAGUCAACAGAAUCAUCUACAAAGGUCACUGGCACAACAGAAUCACAAGGAACACAGCAAACAGAAUUAUCCACUGAAGUGUCUAAGACCACUGUUUCUGAAGAAUCUCAGUCAACAGAAUCAUCUACAAAGGGAACGGGCACAACUGUUUCACAAGUGACUGAAGAAACAGAGUCAUCAACUGAAGUGUCUAAGACAACAGUUUCAGAAGAAACUCAGCCAACAGAAUCAUCUACAAAGGUUACUGGAACAACUGUUUCACGAGGAUCUGAAGUAACAGAGUCAUCCACCAAAGUGACUGAAUCCACUGUUUCAGAAGAAACUCAGUCAACAGAAUCAUCUACAAAGCUCACUGGCACAACGGAGUCAAAGGGAACUCAAGAAACAGAAUUAUCCACUGAAGUGUCUAAGACCACUGUUUCAGAAGAAACUCAGCCAACAGCAUCAUCUACAAAAGGAACGGGCACAACUGUUUCACAAGAAACUAAAGCAACCGAGUUCUCCACCGAAGUUUCCAAGACAACAGUUUCAGAAGAAACUCAGCCAACAGAAUCAUCUACAGAGGUUACUGGAACAACUGUUUCACGAGGAUCUGAAGUAACGGAGUCAUCCACCAAAGUGACUCAAUCCACUGUUUCAGAAAAAACUCAGUCAACAGAAUCAUCUACAAAGGUCACUGGCACAACAGAAUCACAAGGAACACAAGAAACAGAGUUAUCCACUGAAGUCUCUAAGACCACUGUUUCUGAAGAAUCUCAGUCAACAGAAUCAUCUACAAAGGGAACGGGCACAACUGUUUCACAAGAAACACAAGAAACAGAGUUCUCUACCGAAGUUUCCAAGACAACAGUUUCAGAAGAAACUCAGUCAACAGAAUCAUCUACAGAGGUUACUGGAACAACUGUUUCACGAGCAUCUGAAGUAACGGAGUCAUCAACAAAAGUGACUGAAUCCACUGUUUCAGAAGAAACUCAGUCAACAGAAUCAUCUACAAAGCUCACUGGCACAACGGAAUCAAAGGGAACUCAGGAAACAGAAUUAUCCACUGAAGUGUCUAAGACCACUGUUUCUGAAGAAUCUCAAUCAACAGAAUCAUCCACAAAGGUCACAGGUACAACUGUUUCACAAGUGACUGAAGAAACAGAGUCAUCAACUGAAGUGUCUAAGACCACUGUUUCAGAAAAAACUCAGCCAACAGAAUCAUCUACAAAGGUUACUGGAACAACUGUUUCACGAGGAUCUGAAGUAACAGAGUCAUCCACCAAAGUGACUGAAUCCACUGUUUCAGAAGAAACUCAGUCAACAGAAUCAUCUACAAAGCUCACUGGCACAACAGAGUCAAAGGGAACUCAAGAAACAGAAUUAUCCACUGAAGUGUCUAAGACCACUGUUUCAGAAGAAACUAAGCCAACAGCAUCAUCUACAAAAGGAACGGGCACAACUGUUUCACAGGAAACUAAAGCAACCGAGUUCUCCACCGAAGUUUCCAAGACAACAGUUUCAGAAGAAACUCAGCCAACAGAAUCAUCUACAGAGGUUACUGGAACAACUGUUUCACGAGGAUCUGAAGAAACGGAGUCAUCUACCAAAGUGACUCAGUCCACUGUUUCAGAAAAAACUCAGUCAACAGAAUCAUCUACAAAGCUCACUGGCACAACGGAAUCAAAGGGAACUGAGGAAACAGAAUUAUCCACUGAAGUGUCUAAGACCACUGUUUCUGAAGAAUCUCAGUCAACAGAAUCAUCCACAAAGGUCACGGAUAGAACUGUUUCACAAGUGACUGAAGAAACAGAGUCAUCAACUGAAGUGUCUAAGACCACUGUUUCAGAAGAAACUCGGCCAACAGAAUCAUCUACAGAGGUUACUGGAACAACUGUUUCACGAGGAUCUGAAGUAACAGAGUCAUCCACCAAAGUGACUGAAUCCACUGUUUCAGAAGAAACUCAGUCAACAGAAUCAUCUACAAAGCUCACUGGUACAACGGAAUCAAAGGGAACUCAGGAAACAGAAUUAUCCACUGAAGUGUCUAAGACCACUGUUUCUGAAGAAUCUCAGUCAACAGAAUCAUCCACAAAGGUCACGGGUACAACUGUUUCACAAGUGACUGAAGAAACAGAGUCAUCAACUGAAGUAUCUAAGACCACUGUUUCAGAAGAAACUCAGUCAACAGAAUCAUCUACAAAGCUCACUGGCACAACAGAGUCAAAGGGAACUCAAGAAACAGAAUUAUCAACUGAAGUGUCUAAGACCACUGUUUCAGAAGUAACUCAGCCAACAGCAUCUUCUACAAAAGGAACGGGCACAACUGUUUCACAAGAAACUAAAGCAACCGAGUUCUCCACCGAAGUUUCUAAGACAACAGUUUCAGAAGAAACUCAGCCAACAGAAUCAUCUACAGAGGUUACUGGAACAACUGUUUCACGAGGAUCUGAAGUAACGGAGUCAUCCACCAAAGUGACUCAAUCCACUGUUUCAGAAAAAACUCAGUCAACAGAAUCAUCUACAAAGGUCACUGGCACAACAGAAUCACAAGGAACACAGGAAACAGAGUUAUCCACUGAAGUCUCUAAGACCACUGUUUCUGAAGAAUCUCAGUCAACAGAAUCAUCUACAAAGCUCACUGGCACAACGGAAUCAAAGGGAACUGAGGAAACAGAAUUAUCCACUGAAGUGUCUAAGACCACUGUUUCUGAAGAAUCUCAGUCAACAGAAUCAUCCACAAAGGUCACGGGUACAACUGUUUCACAAGUGACUGAAGAAACAGAGUCAUCAACUGAAGUGUCUAAGGCCACUGUUUCAGAAGAAACUCAGCCAACAGCAUCAUCUACAAAGGGAACGGGCACAACUGUUUCACAAGAAACUAAAGCAACCGAGUUCUCCACCGAAGUUUCCAAGACAACAGUUUCAGAAGAAACUCAGCCAACAGAAUCAUCUACAGAGGUUACUGUUACUGGAUCAACUGUUUCACGAGGAUCUGAAGUAACAGAGUCAUCCACCAAAGUGACUCAAUCCACUGUUUCAGAAGAAACUCAGUCAACAGAAUCAUCUACAAAGGUCACUGGCACAACAGUAUCACAAGGAACACAGGAAACAGAGUUAUCCACUGAAGUGUCUAAGACCACUGUUUCUGAAGAAUCUCAGUCAACAGAAUCAUCUACAAAGGGAACGGGCACAACUGUUUCACAAGAAACUAAAGCAACCGAGUUCUCCACCGGAGUUUCCAAGACAACAGUUUCAGAAGAAACUCAGCCAACAGAAUCAUCUACAGAGGUUACUGGAACAACUGUUUCACGAGGAUCUGAAGUAACAAAGUCAUCCACCAAAGUGACUGAAUCCACUGUUUCAGAAGAAACUCAGUCAACAGAAUCAUCUACAAAGCUCACUGGUACAACGGAAUCAAAGGGAACUCAGGAAACAGAAUUAUCCACUGAAGUGUCUAAGAGCACUGUUUCAGAAGAAACUCAGCCAACAGCAUCAUCUACAAAGGGAACGGGCACAACUGUUUCACAAGAAACUAAAGAAACCGAGUUCUCCACCGGAGUUUCCAAGACAACAGUUUCAGAAGAAACUCAGCCAACAGAAUCAUCUACAGAGGUUACUGGAACAACUGUUUCACGAGAAUCUGAAGUAACAGAGUCAUCCACCAAAGAGAUUGAAUCCACUGUUUCAGAAGAAACUCAGUCAACAGAAUCAUCUACAAAGGUCACUGGCACAACAGUAUCACAAGGAACACAGGAAACAGAGUUAUCCACUGAAGUCUCUAAGACCACUGUUUCUGAAGAAUCUCAGUCAACAGAAUCAUCUACAAAGGGAACGGGCACAACUGUUUCACAAGAAACUAAAGAAACCGAGUUCUCCACCGGAGUUUCCAAGACAACAGUUUCAGAAGAAACUCAGCCAACAGAAUCAUCUACAGAGGUUACUGGAACAACUGUUUCACGAGAAUCUGAAGUAACAGAGUCAUCCACCAAAGAGAUUGAAUCCACUGUUUCAGAAGAAACUCAGUCAACAGAAUCAUCUACAAAGGUCACUGGCACAACAGUAUCACAAGGAACACAGGAAACAGAGUUAUCCACUGAAGUCUCUAAGACCACUGUUUCUGAAGAAUCUCAGUCAACAGAAUCAUCUACAAAGGGAACGGGCACAACUGUUUCACAAGUGACUGAAGAAACAGAGUCAUCAACUGAAGUGUCUAAGACCACUGUUUCAGAAGAAAGUCAGACAACAGAAACAUCUACAAAGGCUACUGGAACGACUGUUUCAUCCUCAAGCGUGUCGAAAACCACAUCUAGUAAAACAGAAUCAACUGUAUCCCCAACAGAAACAUUAAGCACUGGAACUACCACUAGUUAUGUCACCGGAGUGAUAACAACUUCCUCGUCCUAUAAUGGAGGAUUAUCUGAAGAGACAUCGACCGAAACCAUUCCAUCGCAGUCACAUUCGUCCACACCGUUAAUUUCUUCUAGUGAGUUUUCCGUGUCAUCACAUCCAACAACAUCUAAGGAAACAUCUACACAAACCAUCACUUCCACCACAGUUGAAGGCAGCACAUCGGAAUGUGUGACACCUCCUCCAGAAAUAAGUAGCAGAAUCGACAAUCUGAACAAGGAACUCUCUAAGUUGCAGUUGGAGAUUGAAGUUGUGACAACGAAACUGAUGAAAUGUGUUGGGGAUGCGGAGAGUUUGGAGGAAUUGCAUGUUCUUUCGGAUAACCUUGCGGAGUUGCUGAGUGAACUAAGAGAAAUCGAGGCAGCUUUAGAUGCAUUGCAAGGAUCCAGGAGGAGGUUCAUCUUGUCCUCUUCUCUCCUCUCCCUUCUCAGCGCAGCGUCUAAAAGAGUGAAUUUGGAAUGUCCAACAGAACGAAGGAGUUUGUCAGCAUCUCUCACACAUCUUGACGAACUACUCACAGCCCUCAUGGAUCAACCAACCAGCUCAUCCCUUCAAGAUCAGGUAUCCUGUGCCGCUAGCAAGACCGUCGAGGCGUUUACUCUUGUGGUUCGGGGCACCGAGCAGGUUGAUGAAGAGGACAGGCAGCAGGUAGAGCGAGUCCUCCACCACAUCACCACUGAGAGGAUGCAACAGCUAACAUCCGUCCUCCAGCUGAACAAGGAAGCAAACCUUGCCGAGAAAGAACGGCUGACGAAGGAGAUGAAGGAACUGAAGGAGAAGAAAAGAAAAUUGGAAGAUUCUAUUCGGAAGGCACGAGAAAUGAAGAGCUAGAGAGAGAGAGAGAGAGAGAGAGAGAGAGAGAGAGAGAGAGAGAGAGAGAGAGAGAGAGAGAGUCUUGUCAACCAUCCCAUCCUGAACUUGUAUUCACAUAAUUUAGAUUAAGAGGUACUUCAUAACAGAAGAGUGUAUUGAAAUGAAUGGAAUAUUGUAACUACAUUGAUAUUCUUAACUUUCUAUCUCGCUUAAGUAGGAACAGAGAGAGAGAGAGAGAGAGAGAGAGAGAGAGAGAGAGAGAGAGAGAGAGAGAGAGAGAGAGAGAGAGAGAGAGAGAGAGAGAGAGAGAGAGAAUAUGUACCUAUAUGAAAUUAUACAACAAAUAUAGCAUCUCUAAAAUUAUACAAUCGUGUUUCCGAAAUAAUUACCUGUACAUGUCUCAAUCUGUGAGAGUUGAUUUCUAAUUAAUGGGAAACGUCACCUCAGCAAUAAUAAAGCCGAAAAAUUUUGCCGAUUUUGCAGCCGUGCCACACUCGCCUCGGCAAUGAUUAGCUGGUGUUGUGAUGAGUGCAGCCUGUCUCCGAUGGCUGAUGGACCGUUCUGACUGUAUGGUGUGUGCUGGCUUGGUACAACUUAUCAGACUUAAGAGAGAGAGAGAGAGAGAGAGAGAGAGAGAGAGAGAGAGAGAGAGAGAGAGAGAGAGAGAGAGAGAGAGAGAGAGAGAGAGAGAGAGAGAGACUUCCAGUAGCUGGAGUGAGACGGACAGUAAUCUUUCUCUAACCUUAAUAACAACUAUUCAACGACCGGAUAAAACAAUUCCCACAAAAUCAGUCUUGGAUAAAUUGGUGGUCAGUGUUUCCGCAGUGAUGGUAAGCGGAUUUUUCUAUUGUGUUUGUAUUCCAAUUUUUAGUAUUUUGCGAGUAGAUAACUAUAGCACGUGGCAGGCAGCGGCUUUCUCCUAGCCUGGCAGUGAAUGCUACUAUGUGGAUCCUUACGGUCACAGUCACAUGGUCCACUUGGAUAAUGCGGCAUCUCCAAGUGGACCGAUGGAUCCGCUAAUGGAAACCCAAACAAUUACUUUUCCAUACCUAUGUAUAUUUAUAGAGUAGAGAGCCAGUCCUUAUUGAAUGUCCUGCGCGCGAAAGCUUAACCUCUAUUGAACCCGAGGGCAGGUGACCACUGGCCUGCUGACAGGAUAGAAGGAGGUCAGUGUCAGGGAUCAGUGUUGCAGUGAUAUGGCGUCGCAACAGUUAUAGACAACUCUUACAAUUUCUGUAUUUUUUAUCUUAGAAAUAAACAUUGAGGGGAAGAAUGA